AUGGACUCUGAUGAGGUGCCCCCGCCGCCAUACUCCGCUGUAGACCCUUUACUCGCGCCGUCGAACAGCAACAGAAACGCAACCUCCUCGUCUAAUGCAACCCCUAGUCUUCUCCAUCUUCGGGGUGGGGAUGCACGAUUUCAUGGUCCAAGUGCUGCGCCCAUCCCAACUUAUUUCACCUCGGCUGCGGCCUACUUUGCGGAACGGCCACCUCCUGCAAUUGAGGAUGGAGAGCAGACGCUGGAGCACCAUAUGACCAUCUACCCGCGGAGUCAAGCCAAAGACUUCCCCCGUCGUCCGCGAUGUUGGAGCCCGCGGAUGGAGCACAUCGCUCAGCAGGACUGGGAUAUGUUCUUGCGCCACCUCUUCCCUCCACAUCUCGGCCUUGCAUCCUCGUCAGCGGAACUCCCACGUCAAGUCAGGGCUGAGAUUCGACGAGAUCGAAAAGAUCGACCACAGGAGACGGAUGAGGAGCGUGAGAGACGCAUCGCCACUGUUAUGAAGGAGUGGAACCAGUACUUCUUCGAGCUUCGUGCUGUCCGGAUUGUGUUCUUCUAUGUGACGGAUCCCAGGGCUGCGCCAAUAUCCCCGCUCUGUCCUCGUUGUUAUCCGGCCGCGACGAGAGCCACGCAGGACAAUCGAACCACUCAAAAUACAGAGGCUGGUAGAGGACACCCUUUGCCGCCUAACGCGCACCCAGCAGCGGCAGGGUAUCCGCAAGCCAGUAUGUAUCCAGGGCAGCCAUCGAUGCCCUACGGAUAUCCAAAUCCCGCUGUUCCAGCUCCAUUCCCGCCGCAGCAGGGUUCCGGAUUCUUUCACCCUGCGAAUCCCCAUGCUUAUCAGAAUCCAUACCCACAGUACCAGCCGUGGGGUUGGGGAGGCAGUCAAUACCCUCAACAGGAUGAAAGUUCGAGCAUGAAAGGUGGACCUCUAGGGUGGCUGUCGAGUCUUGCUUCAUCAGCUCAAAAGUAUGGCGAUCGCAUUACGGAACAGGCUGCCCACUACGGUAGACAAGUUGAAGAACAAGCCCUGGCUCACGGCCGUUGGAUUGAAGAGCAAGCAGGCCUCGGCGGACGCAAAGUUGAAACCGCUUAUCCUGGAUGGGGUGCGCCCCAACAAGGAUACUACCCUUACUAUUAUCCUCCACCUACUGCUGUUGCUACUACUGCAAUCACCGCAAAUCCCACUUUAGAUUCUACUCAGCAAGCCAUACAGCAAACCCCACAACCAACAACCCCCCAACCUGAACCCCAAUCAUCAACCCAACGCCCCCGCAGCAACUCCGUCUGCUCCGUCUCCUCAGACUCCUCCCUCUCCUCAAUCGACUCCAUAUCCACGACCUCCGAACUCAGUUCCUCAGACCUCGCCACCGUCCGCGCCCAACUCCUCUCCCUAGACGACCACCACGACCGCGACCUCUACGAAGCAGCCGUAGAACUCCGCCGCCAACUCGACGCCCUGCGCGAAUCCCGCCGCCAAGCACGCAUCUCCGGCCGCGGCCGCUGGCGUCACGGCUGGGGCCACCAGUCCCGACACAAUGACUCCUCUUCCGGCCAAGGCCGAAGCAGCUGGGGCCGGUGGGAAUCGCCUCAGGAUCGCCAGCGGAACGCGGCGGAGCGGCGCGCGGCGAAGGAGGAGCUCCGGGCUACGAGGAAGGCAUUCCGUGAAGUGCUGAAGCGCGCGAGGGAGGAGCAGCGCGAGCAGAGGCGGAUGAAGCGGACUAGACGUCGGCAGCAGCGACGCGCGCGGAGGGGUCAGAAUAGAGGUGAAGAGCCUGUGCCUGUGUCUGCGUCUGUGUCUGUUUCUGCAUCUGCGUCGGGGCCUGUUUCUAUUUCUGCGGGGCCUCCGCCUGAGACGAGUCUGGAACAGCGAUUGCAGAAUCUCGAAUUAGAAAAUAAUCGAGAAACCCGCACGACUGUCCGGGCAGGUUCAACAGGUCCAUCGCAGCAGCGGACAGACGCAGGCUCGGAAAGCAGCGCGGUUAGCUCGAUUGGCACGCCGAGUGCCAGCUCGGACGAGGGCGAGGAUACCAAAAAGGAUAAAGAGAAGGAGAAGAAGAAGAAGCUUGGCAAGGAAACCAAAUGA